UCUCAUGCAUUAUAUAUAGCAUCACCUUAAGCUUUCUUCUUUCAAACCCCAUAUGCUCUCUCUCUCUCAUCUAUUCACUUUCAUAUCCCUCAUGGCCAUGGUCAGUCCAAAUGAUGUCUUCUACUACUUCCUCUUCGUCGUCUGGUUCCUCACCGCACUCCUAGUCCACUCCCUCAUCAAAGCAUGCUUCAAGCUCAAGCCUCGCUCCAAGACCCCGCCUCCACCAAGCCCUCUCUCUCUCCCCUUCCUCGGCCACCUCCACUUGAUCGGCCCCAUCCUCCCCAAAUCCUUGCAAGGACUCGCCCGCAACCAUGGCCCGCUCAUGCGCCUCCGCCUCGGGGCGUCCUCGUGCAUCGUCGCCUCGAGCGCCUCCAUCGCGAAGGAGCUGUUCAAAACCCAAGAGCUCAACUUCUCGUCGAGGCCCGAGUUCGGGUCCUCGGAGCACUUCAUCUACAGAGGGUCGCGCUUCAUCAUGGCGCCAUACGGCGAUUACUGGCGGUUCAUGAAGAAGCUGUGCAUGACGAGGCUCCUUGCCGUCCCUCAGCUCGAAAUGUUCCUUGAUGUCCGCGAGGAGGAGGUCGAGAGGCUCGUCAAGUCAGUGAUCGAGAGUGCAAGAGGAGGGAAGACAUCGGACCUGAGCAAGGAGCUUACGACUUUCACAAACAACGUGAUCUGCCGGAUGGUGAUGAGCACGCGGUGCUCGGGGACUGCGUACGACGCGAACAAGAUCAACGAGCUUGUGAAGGCGUGUUUGGAGCUCGCAGGGAAGCUGAGCGUCGGCGAUGUGCUGGGGCCUCUCAGGUGGCUCGAUUUUUCCGGGAACGGGAAGAAGCUUCAGGCGGCACUGCGGGAAUUCGACCAGAUCGUCGAGCGGAUAAUGAAGGAGCAUGAAGAGAAGCUGACCAAUGGAUCAGUUACUGACAGGAAGGAUCUCAUGGACAUCUUGUUGGAGACACUUAACGAUCCAACUGCUGAACUGAAGAUAACUAGAAAGGACGUGAAGUCCUUUAUCCUGGAUCUCUUCAUGGCGGGCACGGAUACCUCAUCGGCGGCCAUCCAGUGGGCCAUGGGAGAGCUCAUCAACCGUCCGGAAGCCUUCAAGAAGCUGCGGGACGAGAUCAACUCCGUCGUUGGGCCGACUAGGCUAGUCAAAGAGUCGGACAUCCCAAACUUGCCCUACCUUCGAGCCGUCAUCAGAGAGACCCUGAGGCUCCACCCAUCCGCGCCCAUAAUCAUCAGGGAGUGCGGAGAGGACUGCUCGGUCGACAGUUACCUCGUGGAGGCCAAAUCGAGGGUCCUAAUCAACGUCUUCGCGAUCAUGAGGGACCCGGAGAUAUGGACCGACCCUGACGAGUUUGUGCCCGAGAGGUUCCUGGAGACCUCGGACGAGAAAAUCGGGGAGCAUCAGAUGGAGUUCAAGGGUCAGAACUUCAAGUACUUGCCGUUUGGGAGCGGGCGGCGAGGGUGCGCCGGAGCGUCGCUCGCGAUGCUGGUGUUGCACGCGGCGGUUGGGUCGCUGGUCCAGUGCUUUGAUUGGAAGAUGAUGGAGGGAGAGGAGGGUGUCGAUCUGAGCCACGGGCCGGGAUUCGCGGCGGAGAUGGCUAAACCGCUGGUGUGUUACCCCGUCGUGCAUGUCAAUCCAUUGGAUCAUGUGACUAGGAAGUAAAUAUAUUUCUUGUUGUCGUCGUACUAGUAAGAUGUGUGGUUACUUUUCCCGCUUUCGAGCAGGAUGUUUGAUGUGGCUUGUAGUUUGGAUAAAAGACGAAAGUAUUGUCUUUAUGAUAUU